AUGGAUGAAGAUAGAAUAGGUUUGGUGUUGGCAAGGGCUUCGGAGUUGAGGUCCAAGAUUACCAACUGUAUUCGAAAGGCAACUUCUAAUGUGGAAAAUCAAGUUAAGGAAACUGAUAACAAAGAAUCUGAAGCAAGCCCAGUUGCAGAAGAUCGAGAAUUAGAUGAUGAUGAUGAUGAAGGAAUAGAGAGUCUGCUCAAUAUUAGAGAUGCCCUUGAAUCGCUUGAAGUCCAGUUAUCUUCUUUACAGGCAUUACAGCAGCAGCAGUGGUAUGAGAAAGAAACGGCCCUGGCUGAGAUAGAGUGCAGCCAGGAAAAGCUGCUCAAGAAGCUGAAGGAAUACAAAGGCAAGGACUUGGAAGUUAUAAAUGAGGCUAUUGCUUUUGCUGGUGAAACAGAGGACAUUAAUGAUCUCCUUCUUCCUCCUUAUCCAACUCAACCAUCUCGUUUGCUAGUCUCAGACAAUUGCCAUAUUUCAAUAUUUUCUUCCACUCGAAAGUAUGCUCAAAACGGGGUAAUAAGUGGCGGAGUAAAAAAUCUCCCUGAAACAACAAAAAAUCUCGAGACAGAUAGAAACCAGACACGUCCUGGGUUGAAAGGCCAUGGUAUGAAGUCAUUUCUUGGUGCAGCAGCCAGGACUGCCCUUACUAUUGUUGGGGUAAUCUCGGUAUUAAGUUUGGCUGGUUUUGAACCGAGGCUAAAGAAGCGGGAUAAUCAAUUUAAGAUUUCAGGCAGAGUUUGGCUGCAAGGGACUGGUGAUAAAGGAGCGUCUGAUAAUUGUCCACCGGGGAAAGUCCCAGUGAUCGAAAAUGGUGAAAUGCAGUGUAUUGUGAAAGAGAGAGUUGAAAUUCCAUUCGAUUCAGUUGUUUCUACACCUGAUGUGAACUAUGGAUGUGGAUGA